AUGGGACUUGUAUCAUUCAGCAAUGAUGUCCACCAAUUGAGUACGUCCACAGAUGACCUGUCACAACAGCUUAUCACGGAAUACAGCGACUUAUUUUCUGAUGAGCUUGGAAGGUUGCCAGUCACCUAUCGCAUGACACUGAACCCAGAUGUGAAACCAGCUGUUCGCCCAGCACAUCGCAUCCCUUUGGCCAUGAAAGACAGAGUCAAGGCAGAGUUGGACAGGAUGGAGAAGUUAGGCGUCAUUACUCCCGUCUCAGAGCCGACAGACUGGGUGUCUUCUAUGGUAGCCACCAACAAGAAAGGCAAAGAUGAAAUAAGGAUAUGCAUAAAUCCUCGAGACUUAAACACAGCACUGAAAAGACCACAUCAUCCAAUGCGCACAGUGGAAGAAGUGGCUGCAAUAAUGUCAAAUGCCACUGUGUUCUCUGUGUUGGAUGCUAAGAACUCUUUUUGGCAGGUGUCAUUGGAUCAGAAAUCAUCCAUGCUGACCACCUUCAGCACUUGUUUUGGUCGUUACAGGUUUCUCAGAAUGCCUUUUGGUCUUAAUGCUGCCAGCGAGGUGUUUCAGCGAGCCAUGGAGCAGAUAUUCGCUGGGUAUCCAUGUGCCAUCAUUGUUGAUGAUAUACUCAUCGGCAGAAGAACUGUAAAAGAAUAUGACGACAACCUGAGAAAAGUCCUUGAUCGUGCCAGAGAAGUAAACCUGCGACUAAACCCACUAAAGUGCAAAUUCCGGCUGAAUCAGGUCAGUUAUGUCGGACACAUUUUCACAAGCGAGGGACUUAAAGCUGACCCUUCCAAAACAGCCGCAAUCAAAGAAAUGCCAGUUCCAACGGAUGUCCAAGCCCUGCAGAGGUUCCUGGGGAUGGUCAAUUAUCUUGGAAAGUUCAUUCCAAACUUCAGCCAUCUGUCAGCUCCUCUGCGACAGCUCACACACAAGGACAGUGAGUGGAUGUGGGACACACAGCAUCAGGCUGCAUUCGACGCACUUAGAGAGCACAUGUCGAGUCCACCUGUUCUGUCAUAUUAUGAUGUCAGCAAACCUGUGACACUAACAUGCGAUGCAUCACAGUAUGGCCUUGGUGCAGCUUGCUUACAGGAAGGGCAACCUGUAGCGUAUGCUUCACGUACUCUGACAGACACUGAAACCAGAUAUGCUCAGAUAGAGAAAGAGCUACUGGCUGUCGUUUUCGCAUGUACGAAGUUUCAUGACUACAUUUAUGGCAAGCCUGUAGCUGUAGAAACAGACCAUCAGCCACUAGUCACCAUACUAAGGAAACCUAUUCACGCCGCACCAGCCAGAUUGCAGAGGAUGUUGUUAAGGCUCCAAAAAUACAACAUAACACUCACAUAUAAAUGUGGAAAACAAAUGUAUCUGGCUGAUACGCUGUCUCGUGCUCCCAGCAGAAGCACUUUCCAGCAGUCUGAGGAAGAGGACAACUUUGAUGUCAUGACGGUGAGCUGCAUUUCUUCUUCACGCCUGGAGGAACUUAAAAGACACACGGCCGAGGAUGAGACCUUGCAAGUGCUCAGCUCGUUCAUCAAACAUGGUUGGCCACUACGACUCCACAACCUUCCCACGGCGGUUCAUCCAUAUUUUCCUUUCAGGGAUGAGCUGACUGUGGAUGAUGGCAUCAUUCUUAAAGGUACCAAAGCCGUGAUCCCAAAAUCGCUGCAAGGAGACUACAUCACCAUUAUGCACAGAGGACAUCCUGGCGUGGAAGCUACCAAGCGGAGAGCGCGGGGGAUCGUUUUCUGGCCGUUCAUGUCAAGAGACAUUGAACAAGCAGUUACUUCUUGCUCGGUGUGCAACAGCACUAAACCUCAUCAACAAAAAGAGUCCCUUCAUCUGCAUGAAGUUCCAGAUCUCCCUUGGUCAACUGUAGCUACAGAUAUCUUUGAGUGGCACUGUCAGCAUUAUUUAGUAGUAGUCGACUCAUACUCAGGCUGGUUUGAGAUUGACCUGCUAAAGGAUUUGACAUCAGCGACAGUCAUUAAAAAGCUGAAAAGACACUUCUCAGUUCAUGGUGCUCCACACACUCUGAUCUCAGACAAUGGAAGGCAGUUUACAAGCCAGCGUUUCAAAGACUUCGCUUCACAGUGGGACUUUCGACAUGUCACCAGCAGUCCAGAGUAUCCUCAAUCUAAUGGGCUUGCUGAGAGAGCAGUGCACAGUGCUAAACAGCUGAUGGAGAAAUCUCACAGAGAUGGCACCGAUGUAUUUCUCAACCUGCUGCAUCUCAGGAAUGUUCCACGUGAUGUGAACCUGGGUUCACCUGCAGAACGACUUCUAUCCAGACAGACUCGAACUACACUCCCAAUCAUGACCAAACUGCUCGAACCACAACACCGUGGAUCUGAGAAAGUGAAAGCCCAGCUACUCAACAAGAGACUGACUCAGAAGGUCUGUUACGACAGAUCCAGCCGACCACUUCCACCUCUUGAAGAAGGACAAAUAGUGAGGUUACAGACCCCACAGGGUUAUGACCGCACAGGUGUGGUGAAGGAACUUUGUAAAGAACCUAGAUCCUACCUGGUACAGUCAGAUGGGAACAUUUACAGGAGAAAUCGCAGACACAUUUUGCCUGUGUCUGAGCCUGUUACUGCUCAGGAAGGCACUGAUCAUCAUCAUGAUGAUGGACUGCAGGGUGGGGGUGAAAACAAUGAUGUAGAACCAUUUAAAGACAGCACUCAUGUUGAGAGCUCUUCUGAUGUUUUGCAUUCUCCAGGACCUUCCAGGAGUGAUGGUGUUUAUAGGACACGCUUUGGUCGUGUAUGCAAACCAAAUCCAAGAUAUAGGGAUUAA